AUAGUUCCAUUCCACUAUCCGGCGACGGAGAUACCCAGAAGAGAUGGCGGCCAGAGGUAGUUUUCAAUCAGCUUCAACGGGAGGUGGUGGCGGGGGAAUGGGACCCGGACCCCCGGUACAAGGUGGAGGACCAGGCAUGGGACCUGGUACUCCUGGAGGAAGGAUGGGACCCUCAUCGGGCGCACAGAACCACCUCUAUCGUUCUCCGAUGCCCGGGCCUGGAUACCCGAGACCAGGUGGGAUGCCCCCAUCCAGCCGUAUGACCCCCCAGGGCCCGCCCAUGGGGCCUCCAGGCUACGGCUCCAGCCCUGUGUCCCGACCAGGGAUGCCCAGUGUCAUGGACCCCUCCCGUAAAAGGCCGGCCCCCCAGCAGAUCCAGCAGGUCCAACAGCAGCGCAACCAACAUACCAAGAAGAAGAAGAUGGCGGAUAAGAUUUUACCUCAGAGGAUCCGGGAGCUGGUGCCAGAGUCUCAGGCCUACAUGGACCUGCUGGCGUUUGAGAGGAAGCUGGACCAGACCAUCAUGAGGAAACGUCUGGACAUCCAGGAGGCACUCAAGAGACCCAUCAAGCAAAAGCGAAAGCUUCGUAUCUUCAUAUCCAACACGUUCAACCCUGCCAAGCCCGACGCGGAAGACGGGGAUGGCACUGUAGCAUCGUGGGAGUUGCGUGUCGAAGGACGCCUGCUUGAAGAUACUGCUGUGUCCAAGUAUGAAGCAACCAAGCAGAAGAGGAAGUUCUCUUCCUUCUUCAAGUCUCUGGUCAUUGAGUUGGACAAGGACCUCUAUGGGCCUGACAAUCACUUGGUCGAGUGGCAUCGGACUGCGACCACUCAGGAGACAGACGGGUUCCAGGUGAAGAGGCCAGGGGAUGUGGGCGUACGCUGCACUGUCCUGCUGAUGCUGGACUACCAGCCCCCUCAGUUCAAGCUGGACCCUCGCCUGGCCCGUAUGUUGGGGAUCCACACCCAGACCAGGCCGGUCAUCAUCCAGGCACUCUGGCAGUAUGUUAAGACCCACAAGCUGCAGGACCCCCACGAGAGAGAGUUCAUCAACUGUGACAAGUACCUGCAGCAGGUGAGAGAGUUCAUCAACUGUGACAAGUACCUGCAGCAGGUGAGAGAGUUCAUCAACUGUGACAAGUACCUGCAGCAGGUGAGAGAGUUCAUCAACUGUGACAAGUACCUGCAGCAGGUGAGAGAGUUCAUCAACUGUGUCAAGUACCUGCAGCAGGUGAGAGAGUUCAUCAACUGUGACAAGUACCUGCAGCAGGUGAGAGAGUUCAUCAACUGUGACAAGUACCUGCAGCAGGUGAGAGAGUUCAUCAACUGUGACAAGUACCUGCAGCAGGUGAGAGAGUUCAUCAACUGUGUCAAGUACCUGCAGCAGGUGAGAGAGUUCAUCAACUGUGACAAGUACCUGCAGCAGGUGAGAGAGUUCAUCAACUGUGACAAGUACCUGCAGCAGGUGAGAGAGUUCAUCAACUGUGACAAGUACCUGCAGCAGGUGAGAGAGUUCAUCAACUGUGACAAGUACCUGCAGCAGGUGAGAGAGUUCAUCAACUGUGACAAGUACCUGCAGCAGGUGAGAGAGUUCAUCAACUGUGACAAGUACCUGCAGCAGGUGAGAGAGUUCAUCAACUGUGACAAGUACCUGCAGCAGGUGAGAGAGUUCAUCAACUGUGACAAGUACCUGCAGCAGGUGAGAGAGUACAUCAACUGUGACAAGUACCUGCAGCAGGUGAGAGAGUACAUCAACUGUGACAAGUACCUGCAGCAGGUGAGAGAGUACAUCAACUGUGACAAGUACCUGCAGCAGAUCUUUGAGGCCCAGCGUAUGAAGUUCUCUGAGAUCCCCCAGCGUCUCCAUGCUCUCCUGAUGCCUCCAGAACCCAUCAUCAUUAACCAUGUCAUCAGUGUGGAUCCCAACGACCAGAAGAAGACGGCCUGCUAUGACAUCGAUGUGGAGGUGGACGACACUCUAAAGACCCAGAUGAACUCCUUCCUCCUAUCCACCGCCAGCCAGCAGGAGAUAGCUGGUCUGGACAACAAGAUCCAUGAGACCAUAGAGACGAUCAACCAGCUGAAGACCCAGAGAGAGUUCAUGUUGAGCUUCGCCAGAGACCCCCAGGGCUUCAUCAACGACUGGCUGCAAUCACAGUGCCGGGACCUCAAGACUAUGACUGAUGUUGUUGCGAACCCAGAAGAAGAGAGGAGAGCCGAGUUCUAUUUCCAACCCUGGGCCCAGGAGGCCGUGUGUCGCUACUUCUACUCCAAGGUCCAACAGAGGCGUCAGGAGCUGGAACAGGCCCUGGGAAUCAGAAACACCUAGACAAGAUUAUGUCAAAGAAAAGCAGGUCAACAGAGGAAAAGAAGUGGCUGUUCUCUCUGGGAGGACGAAAAGAGAAGUUUGGGGCAUUCGUAUUUAUAAAUAAAACGCUUUAGAUAAGACAUCUUAGAUAUAGACUGCUUUACUGCUGAUGGUAAUUGUAGGAUAUAUUUUAACAUCAACUAGCAGCUGUUAUGGUUAUGUAUAAAUGUUUGAUUGCUACUUACUUUUUUAUAUUUGUCCCAUUGUCCCACUAAAAUAUAUUUUGACUUAUUUUCUUUCAAUGGUCUCUUCUCUGUUUAGCCCCCAAAGCAUGUAUUUUCUGUGCUGAACUCUCUCACAGGUCUUGAAUCUAUAUAUUCAGGCCUAAGUGAGGUUGAAAUUACCCCCAACUAAGUAUUGAUGCUACUUCACAAUAACUAAUAUUGGGUAUUUUAAGUAAGGGGCUUAAAUUAAAGUUGUAACAUUUGGCUAAGGUGAAAGAGCAUUGGGUUAAUUUUAAAUGCUUGGGACUAUCUAUCUACCCCGCUCUGAGUCCAAACUAACUCAUAACUGAUCAGGUGACACUACCUACGCACACUACCAUUCUGCCUUUGGUCUGGAAUUGAUAUUCAGUGUUUGUUUGGUAUUGAUAGGGUUGUGUGAGUAUUCCGUGGCCUUUUAUUGCCUCGCUGGUUGUUCCUUUCUUACCGAGGAUUAUUUUAAAUGCUUCUAGAAUGUUGUGUACUUCCAAAAAUUCUACUUUUAGAAUGUUGUGUACUUCCAAAAAUUCUACUUUUAGAAUCUUGUGUGCUUCAAAAAAUUCCCCCUAUGAACACUUCAAAGGUAAUGACAGGCAAGGCUGUACAAUGUUGUGAAACUUCACUAUAUUGGUUAGUUAAUCAUUUAAGUGGCCUUUUCAUUUUAAGCUAUUUUGGUGGAGCUUUGUUUGUAUAAAAUAAAAGUUUAGAAAGUAUGAAGUCUUGUUUAGUUAGAAGUAAAGAAUAUUAAGGAAGUAGUGUUUAGUAGUAAUUGCCUCAAGUCGAUCGAUCUAGUUUUGUAAAUAAUGAACAGAAUAAUCUGAUGUGAAGGGGAAAAUGUCUGUUUUUUUAAAGGACAUACCAUCAAUUUGACUAAUUUGUCUUAAUGCUCCGUUUGCCCAAGACGUCCCCCCUCAAGUGACCCCAAUGGUUUAAUCGAGAAUAUUCUCUAUAACCUAGCAGCAAGUUGCAGUUGUUUGUUGGUCCUGUGUGGAAGAGGGAGAACGUUUUUAGGCUUCUACUGUUCUCUGUUCAGAUGAAUUCCUCUGGGUUUUCCUUCUUUAUUUGUUAGUGUGCAGAAGCUAUCAACACCUUAGGAAGAGAAGCGUAGAGCUGGGUUCACUUUUUAGCUGUGACAUUCACGAAUCUCAGCUUUUUUGCUAGCAUGGUAGACGGCUUUAGGCUUGUAGGUAUUUCUGUUUAGAUAUGACAUGUAGAGGAUGUAAGAAGCUUUAUCGUUGUGCUCAAUUCAGUAUCUGUUCAGUAAGUUCAUUUAAAUACAUAUAUUUUCAAUGGGUAUUUUUAUUUUAUUUUUCCCAAUAUUGAGUGUAAUUUCAAUCAACGUUCUGAUUUCAUGCUGAAUUGACCCCAAACCUGUAAAAGGAUGAUACUGUUCACUGAUUUUUAAAUCUUCAGACAUGAAUUGUAUUUUUUAUUUCAUGGACCAAACCUAUUUUCUUCCUGUAUGUUUUGAACCUAAUAAAGGAUAUCGUCAAUGAUAA